ACGAACAAAAAUUUGAUAGAAACGGCUACUGCUUUGGACCAAACACAUACUCUGUUACACACUUCGCAGAAUCUAUCUGUAAAUGUGAAAAUGCCAGUAAAAUCAUCUGCCUCAAUUGAAAUAACACAAGAAAUAAGUAAAGAUUACACUAUUGAUAAUGAAAUUGAAAUUUCCAAUAGACAGGAUUCAAAUUGUAAAAAUGAAGUCAUUUGCUUGAUAAACGAAAAUUUAAUGGAAAUGGCUAUUUCUUUGGAUCAAACAUCAAUUCUAGCACACACUUUACAGACUAUAUCAAAUAAUUUCACUAACUCAACCGAAUCUACUGCUUUCUUUAAAAUAAUAGGAGAAAAGUAUCAGGAUUAUACUAUCAAUAAUAAAGAUGAAAAUGCAUACAAAUUAAAACAGUUGAUUGAUACGCAUGACAUUAAGGUACAGUUAUUCUUAAUAAAAAUAUUUCAUAAGUCUGAUACUGUUUUUCUCCGGCUAUAAUUCGGAUGAUCAUAAAAAUUCAAUUCAAUAUUAUUCGCAAAUAUUUAUUUAAAUUAAUAUAAGAUGCAUUCGAUGUUAUGAUAUUUAAGUUAUAUUGAUAUUUUGAUUUAAUUCUGUCGCCAAUUUAUUAACUUUCGUUAUCUGGAAA